AAAUCAAAAUGGAGGGUGGUCGAAACUGUGUAAUGACAGUACAACAGUGGCAACCUGAAUACAAUGAUAUGAACCAGAUAAGAGCAAUAUUCUCGUUACUGUACCUUCUUGUUUGGGUUGGAGCUAUUGUUGGCAACACUCUAGUACUUUAUGUACUCACUUUUAAUCAGGUAUCACUGUCAGUUAGGACGGUAUUUGUUGGAUGUCUAGCUGGUUCAGACCUUCUAAUGUGCCUUUUCUCGUUGCCAAUUACCGCGAUUUCUAUAUUUUCAAGAGUUUGGGUAUUUCCUGCUAUAUUUUGCAAGUUGAUCGGAGUUUUCCAGGGCGGUACGAUUUUUGUCUCAUCAUUCACAUUAACAGUUAUUGCUCUGGACAGAUGUGUACUAAUUCUACGUCCAAAUCAGGAGAUAGUAAAUUUCCCGAGAGCUGUCUUCAUUGUUUUCUGCAUUUGGCUUCUCGGAUACUCUCUAGCACUUCCUGUAGGCAUCUACAGCGACAUUGCAGUAUACGACGAAAUUUGCGGCACAUUCUGUGAAGAGAAUUGGCCUGAUUUCAAUCCGGAUACUGGAAGAUCGGGAAUUCGAAGAGCUUAUGGACUUUCUGUGUUGGUACUUCAAUUUGGUAUUCCUGCAUUGAUAAGUUCAAUUUGUUACUGGAUGAUUAGUCGAGUGAUGUCAGAUCAAUUAGCAAGAAGAAGAGGGCACAAUAUUCGACCGGAAUCUGAAACAAAGCUGGUGAAUCGAAAGACAAGAGCUAAUCGAAUGAUGAUCGUAAUGGUUGUUGGAUUCGUUCUCGCGUGGAUGCCAUUCAAUGCAGUCAAUCUCUACCGUGACCUAUUUGGAAUUUCUAAAUGGUAUUCUACAGUCUUUGCGCUUUGCCACGUAUGCGCAAUGUGCUCCGCUGUGCUCAACCCAAUCAUCUAUUCCUGGUUCAAUCCUCAAUUCCGACAAAGUAUCACCACUUUGUUCAAGGGUACUGAUGAAGCUAGAUUGAUCAAGAAGAAACCACAAUCUACCAGUAAAAUGGUUUCGUAUCCGACUAAUUUCUCCGAGAUCCGAAAAGAAACAGAAAUUGCAUCGACAAAGACAAAAAUCACAAUUGCUGAAAACGACUAUCGAGCUGGAGAUCAACUUUUAUAAACGAACUGAUUAACAAUUUUAGAAACUAAUCUGUGAUGAUUCUACCGGGUUGUUAGAUAAAAAGCUUUAAUAAAUUGUAUUUGUUCUAAA